AUGGCAAGCGUUGCACCUGGAGCAGUGAGGAUCACCUACAACGAAAAGUUUGAUGCGCGUCUGUAUGCGGACCUGUUCAGUCAAAAAACUGGGAAGUUGCUACAUUCGUUGACCAAGAACUACAUAGCAUCUUUCAAUCGGGGCCCUCCAGGUGAAGGGCCCCAAAUCCCACCAGAGAUGCUCUUUCAACGAGACCGAUCUCGCUUCAAACGCGACCUCUCCGAAACCAGCAUCGACGACGGCGAGGACAACCAGGAGGACUACGACAACACUGCCAACGAAGAUACCAUCGACAACUCUACACUGCCGGAAAGCCAGAAAAAGAACCGCACGGCCGACAUCCACAAGACGCUCACCCACAUUUACGCCAACGUUUACGUACUGCGUAAGGAAAUCGAGCAUCUCCGGCAUCCCGUGGGCUCCAAACGCAACCCCGCCAGGACGUGUCGCGACCUCCAGUUCGCACAUCCGGACUUCGAAGACGGCUGGUACUGGAUAGAUCCGAACCUGGGCGUCGCAGACGACGCCGUCCGCGUCUUCUGCGGCAUUACGUCCGGCGGAGAUUCGUGCGUGUACGCGGACGGAGACGUGAGCUCCGUCCGUUUGUCCAAGUGGGACAAGGGGACGCGGGACGCGAAGAACAAGACGUCGUGGUUCAGUGAGCUCAAGGGAGGCUUCAAGCUGAGGUACGGCACGAUCGGGGAUGUUCAGCUUCGGUUCCUUACCCUUCUGAGCACUGAGGGCUACCAGAAUUUCACGCUCGUCUGCACCAACGUGAACGCCUGGUACAGCCAGAAAACCAAGGACCACGGAAACGCGCUUCGGUUCUUGGGUCACAACGAACAGCUGAUGACGUAUAAGAAAAACAGUCCUAUGGUAUCCUUGGAUGACUGCCAGUACAGGGACGGCAAGACAAUUUUCGACUUCAAAACCAAGCGACCAGCGACACUGCCACUCGUGGACUUCCAGCCCAUCGACUUCGGAGGGGAACACCAGGCCUUCGGCUUUGAGUUAGGGCCUGCCGGUUUUCGAUAG